AUGACAAUGCCAUUUCAGUCACACAAGGCAUUACAUAGCUGGCCCACCACAAAUUUGCAGGCCAAGAAAUACCAGAGUCAAAAGCUACAAAGCCCUUGUUACCCUCACUACGACUCUGUUCACGAAUGCUCGCUUCAAGACUCUCAUUCACGACCAGUAUCACCCUCAUCGUGCUAUUCCGUACCCGAGACACUCCCAAAGAGAAGUCUAAAGAUAGAAGCCGCUUCCCAGCUGCGGUCUUUUUCUUCUGCUUCAGGUCGCAUUCUACGACCCCCGCUUAAACUGCAUCAACGACCCUAUCUGUCUUCAGAGAAUAUUCAACCAGCCAGGCCUACUGCCAUCAAGAGAAAUGAGUCUGAGCCCGACAGCGCUUGGAGUCUUGAGCCCCCCCCUGUUCCUCCAAAAGAUGAUUUGAGGCCUUCCCCUCAACAAGGGCAUGACCUGUGUAUUUCAGGUGAAAGUGAUACGGAACCGCACAAACAUGACACCUUUGGAUAUUUGGAAACCCCCUCGUCGUAUACCUCGUACUGGUCUGACGCUAGCUGCAGUGAGAGUGGAAGCAGUACAGAAGAUGAAGCAGAGUUUACAGAUGAUGGAGAAACUGACGUCGAAACAUCCGUCAUCGAGGACAGCUUAUUACACUUCUCUGUCAUUCAGGCGCAGCGUCUUUCUUUCCAUACAUGGAUUCUGAAUCCCACAACAGCUGGUGUUGCUCCUAGCCCGCGAUCCAAGAUGAACUGGAGGGGGCAAAUUGGAAAUAGGAAUAUUGCUGGACCUCAUCACUCGAAGGAAGCAAAACGUUGGGGGAUAAUAUUUUAG